GAUAACAGUUUCUUUCUGAUCUACGACUGAUUCGGAUCAUCCUCUCGUCUCCAAUCGGCUCAAUUCUUGGGGACAGCGGCAGUAGCAUUGCAUACGACGCGAACGACAAAUCGCCGCGGGUAAACUUUGGAUGAUCAUACGCCGAAAAACUACCGUCGAAAGUCGUGAAUAUCGAAGCGUGUUUAAAAACCCCGUUCUACACCUGAUCGCGGAAAAUUCGUGAGAUCAGAAUACCUUAAAGCAAAAGUGGUCUAACGGCGAGAUAAACUAUAGUGCUACUCGGUACAUCACUUAAUAUUCUGCGCUCGUAUAUUGCUCGAGCUUGACACUUUAACGCGCUAUUAAUCCGAUUAUCAAUCAAUUUAAAAAUGCGGUUAUCAUAAUUUUAGCGUGCAAUGUAACUGGGUACAAAAUUAUCUGCAUAUAUAUAGAUAUUGCCACUGUUGUGGGUACUCCAGUCGAAGGAUGAGUGUGUCGCAGAUCUGAAACUAGAAGCAACCUGCAUGCAGCAUCCAACACGGAAAAAGUGGCACGCACGCCGACCGUUUGUUUGAAAUCUAAUGCAAACUCGAAUGCCGUGUUGUUCCGCUUUAGCCCUAGUGAUAGUAAAAAGUGCAACAGAGACUGACGACCAGGAAAUGAGCCGACGCAGGCAACCACAUCAAGAACGGUGGUCGGGCUGGCAUAAGUGAAGUGCUUUCCUCCGUUCGAGUCUCAAGUUCUUGAUCGCCAGAAUUACGAAAGAAUAAAGUGUUUGAGUGAUAAGUUUGAUGCGCAAAGGGAGUUUUUGUAUGAAGAAAUCAUCUAAACGGCGUCAGCUUAAACAGUAUGCGCGGAAGCAUAGUUGGAAUAGAGGAUGGCCUCAUCAAUGCAAAAUCUGGCACCUGGCACGGGAUACUGCUGGAAUUGUUAGACAACCUGUAUGCUUCGUUUAUCGUCGGGCCAUUGGUGGUGGCCUACUGGCGCGGUACCUGGAAUUUGAUGGCAGAUUACAUCUACCCAUCAGAUCAUGCCACUAGUCUUAUGAUAUCUCUGGCCUUAGGCGUAGUGGGACACUUCCUGUUUCACUUCUUACAACCAACCUUCCGGCGACACCUUAACCCCAACAGGCAUCGACUGAUGUACUACAUUGGCUCACGAAUGUACACCGAAAUCUACGGCACAAUAUGCGUGAAUACGUGGCGCGGAGGAUGGGAGAUGAUUAAUCUAUAUACAACGCAUGAAGUUGUUUACGUUGUGGUGAUAACGCUCAGCUGUGUACUACUAAUGGCACUACUUAAGGGCCUGCGAAACAUUUCCGGAUCACCGUUUGUAGUCGUCAACGACUUGAGCCGAGAUUACUUCGACGUGCCAACCUAUUUCAAACUAUCGGGUUCCAAAGAACCAGGCUUGUACGUGCUAGAUUGCUUCUUUUCGGUGCUGGUCAUCGGAUCGUUGGUCGUUUUCGUAUGGCGAGGGCUGUGGGUGCUUUUGGAUUUAAUGUUAUUUCCAGAGGAUCGCGGAUUAUCCGCCUGGUCAUCAGUGCUGAUAGGCUAUGGUGUAACUGGAGUCACAUUUUCGCUGCAGCCUCUGAUGCGAUGGGCGUGCGAUCGAUUAACGGGAGUCUGGCGCGUCAUUGUUGCUGAUCUAUUCCUUUUCCUAAGCUUUAUUGGUACAAUCAACGUCUGGCGAGGGGUGUGGGCUUUGCUCGAUCAUUACUUCUUACCAGAUAACCGGCUUCUCAGCGAUUGGAUCACUCAUAGUGUAUCACUACUACUACUCAUACUUCUAAACUGUUCUAACUCCGUAUUGGUUCGUGGAGUUUACAUUGACGCUGAAGAGCCUGCCGGUCAAUGUGUCGUCUUCCCAGUGUACUACAUCCGGUUGUUCUUCCAGAAGGAACGCAAUAAGAAACAAAGAAGACUGCUUGAAGCGUUAGGAAGAGUUGAGUAUAACAACGUAACUAGUGUUUUAUUGGAAAAGAAACCGAUGAAAGCAGAACAGAAUCACCAGAUCAUCCGAAACCUGGAUGCCGUGCCAUUAACAAUAAUAGAUAAUCCUAAGACCCACGGUGAUCACAACUUGCAUGAAAAUAGACAGUGAAUACGUUUCUAUAGUUUGACAAAUCCUACACUCCCCGCCUGGAGUGAGUCCGCGACAGUAUGCACAUUUAUUAUAACUAAAUUAUAUGCAUAAUUUAGGCCACUGAACAGGUCAAGAAUCUGAAGUCCGCUACGAAUUUCCACGAUUGGCUACUUGUGAGAGUAAUUGUAUGUUAAAUUAGCGACGAUAGAAUUAAGUGUAUUAUUACUACAAAUAAGUAUUAUUUACGAUUGGUAAGAUCUUCUACUAAAACGCAUCUCUAAAAAAAUGUAUAUAAAUCAAUAUGUUAGAAGCAUUCCAAUUAUUUAUAAAUACGUUUUCGUAUGUUCUAGAAUAAACGAUGGUGACCUUAAA